UGAUCGGCGUCGGAAUUCCGAUCCCUACUUGUCGUUUGGAGUAAUCAAUCUUUGGCACUCAGAACAGUGAAAGCAUAGCUACAUGGAUCCGAAGCUAACAGAGGUCUCUCAGCGCUUUGAGCGCUUCAAAGCCGCGUUACUUAGGAAUGACUUUAACACCUGCUGUGAUCUCCUCUCCCAGUUGAAGGUGUUACUAACAGAGUUCAGAAGCCUUCCACCUUUGUUUGAAGAGACAUCUAAUGCUGUCCAUGAAUUGACAAUAGCAAGGGAUAUAUAUGAGCAUGCUGUUGUCCUUAGUGUCAAGAUGGAGGAUCAGGAAGCCUUUGAGAGGGAUUUCUUCCAGUUAAAACCCUAUUACACAGAUGCUCGAAACCGUAUUCCUCCAUCCCCUCAGGAGUACCCUAUAUUAGGCCUCAACCUGUUGAGACUGCUUGUGCAGAAUAGGAUUGCUGAAUUUCAUACAGAGUUGGAACUGCUUUCAUCCACUGCUCUUGAAAAUCCCUGCAUCAAGCAUGCUGUGGAGUUGGAGCAAUCCUUCAUGGAAGGUGCCUACAAUCGUGUCCUGAGUGCCCGACAGACAGUGCCACAUGAUACAUAUGUUUAUUUCAUGGAUCUUCUGGCAAAGACAGUCAGAGAUGAAAUAGCAGGAUGCAGUGAGAAGGCAUAUGACUAUCUUUCACUAAAAGAUGCUCGACAAAUGUUAUUGUUUUCUUCUGAUCAAGAACUCGUUAAAUAUAUAAACGAGGAGCAUCCUGAGUGGGAGGUUCUUAAUGGGGCUGUGUAUUUCCAUAAAGCCAAAGAAUCAGCGCCUUGCAAAGAAAUACCAUCGCUGCAGCUUAUCAACCAGACGCUCAGUUAUGCUAGGGAGUUGGAGAGGAUUGUGUGAAGAGAAUACAAUGCUAUCUCAUUUUCCAAAAUUUCCAGAUCUGGAAUAUCUUUGCUGAUACUCUCAUUUUAAUAUUUUUUUUCUUCCCCAGUUCCCAAUCCUCUGCAGAACUAGAAAAUUUUUCUCGUGCCUAAUUCAUGUCAUUGGCUAUAUUAUUCCUUGAGGUACUAUUUUCAUUCACUGUGCUGUUGCAGAAGGAGAAGAAAAACGCACUAUACUGAUGUCUUUUUCUGUUGAAUUUUAUGUGUUGUCUCGUGACGCUGUAGUUAGGUUUUAAACCCAUUGAAAGGCUCAUAUUAUAAACAGAAGUUUACUAUUUUAUCA